AUGCCUGAAAGAAGUGUCCGCAGUUCGCCCGGCCUUUUAGCAUGGCAUCAUCUGGUGCCUUUAAGUCGGUGCCUAGGCGUUUACGCGCGACGCCACGCAGAGCGGGUGGGCGUGGCAGACAUCACCUGUUCGGGGCGACGCACGCGCAGUACGGGCGCGGCGAGGGGGCGGGGCGCGGGGCGGGGCCGACAGAACCAGGCUGGCCGAGCUCUGCUGCUUCUGGGCUGCUCCAGCGCUGAGGAGGCAACCCGGAGGCAGGGUGUGAGAAGCUUCCCUGGCGCUGUCCAACAUGGAGGAGCUGACGGCCGCCGGCAAAGCCUGCGGAGCGGACUGAGCUCGCGUCUCUUCUCCAGGCAGCAGGGAGGGCGCGGAGCCUACAGGGCUGGGCAGCCUGCACGCCCCGGGGCGGACCCCGGCUGGCGGGGCUCGGACGGCUACGGGCUUCUGCACCGGGACGUGUCCCGCCGAGCCAUGGGCAACGAGGCGAGCUUGGAAGGGGAAGGGCUCCCCGAAGGGCUGGCGGCGGCCGCAGGCGGGGCUGGCGGUUCGGGGAGCGCCCUGCACCCCGGGAUCCCAGCCGGCAUGGAGGCGGACCUGAGCCAGCUGAGCGAGGAGGAGAGGAGACAGAUCGCUGCUGUCAUGUCAAGGGCGCAGGGGCUGCCCAAGGGAAGCGUCCCCGCGGCCGCUGCGGAGUCGCCCUCCAUGCACAGGAAACAAGAGUUGGAUAGUAGUCAGGCUCCACAACAACCAGGAAAGCCACCGGACCCUGGGCGUCCCACUCAGCCUGGUCUCAGUAAAAGCAGAACUACGGACACGUUUAGGUCAGAGCAGAAGCUGCCUGGAAGGAGUCCGUCCACGAUCAGCUUGAAAGAAUCGAAGUCCAGAACUGAUUUUAAGGAAGAAUACAAGUCUAGUAUGAUGCCUGGUUUCUUCUCAGAUGUUAACCCGUUAAGUGCUGUCUCCUCUGUUGUAAAUAAAUUCAACCCUUUUGAUUUGAUAUCAGACUCUGAGGCAUCCCAGGAGGAAACUACAAAGAAACAAAAAGUUCCCCAGAAGGAGCAAGGGAAAUCAGAAGGAAUGGCAAAACCUCCCUUACAGCAACCAUCACCCAAGCCGAUCCCUAAACAGCAAGGACAAGUGAAGGAAGUGAUCCAGCAAGACAGCUCUCCCAAGUCAGUAUCUUCCCAGCAAGCAGAAAAAGUAAAACCACAAGCCCCUGGCACAGGAAAGCCUUCCCAACAGAGUGCAGUCCAAACACCAGCUCAGCAAGCUAGUCCUGGAAAACCUGUAGCCCAACAGCCUGGAUCUGCAAAGGCCACAGUCCAGCAGCCAGGGCCAGCAAAGUCCCCAGCUCAACCAGCAGGGGCAGGGAAAUCCCCAGCCCAACCUCCAGCCAAGACCCCAGGUCAGCAGGCUGGAUUAGAGAAGACCUCAUCAUCACAGCAGCCUGGGCCAAAGUCUCUAGCCCAGACUCCUGGUCAUGGGAAGUUUCCACCGGGGCCAGUAAAGUCUCCAGCCCAGCAGCCAGGGGCAGCAAAACUCCCAGCUCAACAGCCUGGCCCACAGACUGCAGCUAAGGUACCUGGGCCUACAAAAACUCCAGCUCAGCUAUCUGGACCUGGAAAGACACCAGCUCAACAGCCAGGUCCAACAAAGCCUUCACCUCAGCAGCCCAUUCCAGCAAAGCCCCAGCCUCAGCAACCUGUUGCCACAAAACCUCAGCCUCAGCAGCCUGCCCCAGCAAAACCCCAGCCUCAGCAGCCAGCCCCAGCAAAGCCCCAGCCUCAGCAGCCAACUCCAGCAAAGCCUCAGCCUCAGCCGCCCACCCCAGCAAAGCCCCAGCCUCAACCGCCCACAGCAACAAAGCCCCACCAUCAACAGCCAGGCCUGGCAAAACCUUCAGCUCAGCAACCUACGAAAUCGAUAAGCCAAACGGUAACUGGACGACCUCUGCAACCACCACCAACUUCUGCAGCACAGACUCCAGCACAAGGCCUCUCGAAAACCAUCUGUCCUCUUUGCAACACCACUGAACUUCUGAUGCAUAUUCCAGAAAAGGCCAAUUUUAACACAUGCACUGAGUGUCAAAGCACCGUCUGUAGCCUCUGUGGUUUUAACCCCAAUCCUCAUUUAACUGAGAUCAAAGAGUGGCUCUGUUUAAACUGUCAGAUGCAAAGAGCUCUAGGAGGGGAACUGGCGGCGGCAAUCCCAUCCUCACCACAGCCAACCCCAAAGGCCGCCACAGCACCUACAGCAACAGCCAGCAAAUCACCUGUACCGUCACAGCAGGCUUCCCCAAAGAAGGAACCUCCAUCCAAACAGGACAGUCCCAAAGCACUGGAGUCGAAAAAACCGCCAGAGCCGAAAAAACCACCAGAGCCGAAAAAGCCACCGCCAUUGGUGAAACAGCCAACCCUUCAUGGACCUACCCCAGCUACAGCCCCACAGCUUCCAGUGGCAGAGGCCUUACCUGAGCCAGCCCCUCCCAAGGAGCCUUCUGCGCCCCUACCUGAACAAGCCAAGGCUCCCGUUGGAGAUGUUGAACCAAAGCAGCCCAAGACGACAGAGACGCGGGCAGACACCCAAUCUUCGUCAACGACAAAACCUGAUAUUCCGAGCUCUCAAGCGCAGUCACAGGCUCAAGUGAAGACAGCCUCUCCUUUGAAAACGGACUCUGCCAAACCUUCACAGAGUUUCCCACCAACAGGAGAAAAAACCACCCCACUUGACUCUAAAGCCAUGCCCAGGCCUGCAUCAGACUCCAAAAUUAUCUCACAACCUGGGCCCGGUUCUGAGAGCAAAGAUCCGAAACACAUUGAUCCGAUUCAGAAGAAAGAUGAACCUAAGAAAGCACAACCCAAGGGGAGCCCUAAACCAGAAACAAAGCCAAAAGGAUCACCGACACCCUCUGGCACACGACCUACCGCUGGCCAAGCUGCACCCCCAUCUCAGCAGCCCCCGAAGCCUCAGGAGCAGUCAAGACGUUUUAGCUUGAAUCUGGGUGGUAUCACGGAUGCCCCCAAAUCACAGCCCACAACUCCUCAAGAAACCGUGACGGGGAAACUAUUCGGCUUCGGAGCAUCCAUCUUUAGCCAAGCAUCAAACUUAAUUUCCACAGCAGGUCAGCAAGGACCACAUCCACCACCUGGGCCAGCCGCCCCAUCAAAGCAAGCCCCUGCCCCAUCACAGGUUCCUGCUGCUCAGGGACCUGCCAAGUCCACCGGUCAGCUCCCACCGGCACCUGCUAAGGCGACUGCUGUGAAGAAGGAGGCAAAAGCUGCAGCAGCUGAAAACUUAGAGUCCAAACCUGAGCAAGCGCCAACAGCGAAGAAGACAGAGAAAGACAAGAAGCCGCCACCUGCGAAGGUCGGCAAACCUCCACCCACAGAGCCCGAAAAGGCUAUCCCGGCCCAUAAGCCAGACAAGACCACCAAACCCAAACCGGCCUGUCCUCUCUGUAGAACUGAGCUCAACCUAGGGUCUCAGGAGCCUCCCAACUUCAACACCUGCACAGAAUGCAAGAAUCAAGUUUGCAAUCUCUGUGGAUUUAACCCAACGCCCCACCUGACUGAGGUAAGCAAUACCUACGUUACAUAUGGGUGAAAAUCUAUAUCAGUUUAUUCUGAAUAUCUGGGGACCCGGAUUUCUGAGCAAUGGAGUAUGUUUCUACUGAAAAAAGAGAGUGAAUCUUGACAGGUUAGAAGAGGUAAAAUUAUUUCACCCACACAUUAUUUUGAAUACUUGCUCUUUGUGCUUUUGUGGGUUAUUAUGCUAAAAGUAAGAGAUGGAGUGUGGUGGAAAAUUAAAAUCAUGUUGAUCCUAUUGGUUCAUGAAUUACACAUCGAAACUUGGAAGGUUCUUCAUUUUUCAUAGAGAAAUUUCACUGAAAAGUUGUGAUGCUUAAUUCUUAUUUUCUAUUCAUCUCUCUUCUGCCUUUCUCCUGGCUUAUCGUUUAAGUCGACUUUAUGUUUGAUUUAAGGUCUUGCUCUGUGUACUGGGCUGACACGGAACUUGCCUCAGCCUCCCAGGUGCUGAGAUUAGGCGGCAGGUGCUACCUUGCCAUGGUCUCUGAUACAUUUUUCCAAAAGAACUUUAGUUGACUAGAAUCAUACGCAGUAUGAAUUAAAAACUUUGUGUGGGUUAAGAAUGUCACCUGAUAAAAACUAGUGGUUUGCAUAUGACAAAUUUAGAUUCCUAUAUGUCUGUUGGUGAUGCUGUCUGUUGAUGGAGUAUUCUGGGGGCUGGGAGUCUGUGGUUAAUGAGGAGAACACUGUCUCCACAAUGGAAAUGACAAAAAUGUAGUUGGUGGCCCUGCAUCUGAUAAUAUGGUCGUAAAAGACUGUGAAAAGGGUGACUA